AUGAUAUUUAACUUGUCGGCUGAAGAUGUCUGUAAUCACACAGAUGCCUGGGACUGGGUCUACACCAUGCAGCCUGCAUACAUGUCCAUUAUCUGUCUUCUCGGAGUGAUAGGAAACGCCUUCGUGCUGCUUGUUCUCUGCCUCAAGAGACGACACAGCACCAUCGCCGACAUCUACCUGAGUAAUUUGGCAGCUGCUGACCUUCUCAUGGUCUCCUGCCUGCCGUUCUGGGUGGCAACGGUGAACCACAAGUUCCACUGGACAUUUGGGGAGCCCAUGUGCCAGCUCGUCAGCACUGUCAUCGGGAUGAAUUAUUACUGCAGCAUGCUGUUCCUCAUGCUAGUGAGUGUGGACAGGUACUUGGCUUUAACCAGGCCGCUGUCCCAUAGCAGGGGGAGACGGGCAGCCUGGGCCCGCGGGAUCUGCCUCGGGAUCUGGGUUAUUGGGGUCCUGCUCAGCCUCCCUGGCCUCCUCUUCCGCUCUGUCCAUUUCCUCUCUCACCUGGGGGUGGACGCGUGCUACAUUGUCUAUCCUCACGAUGGCUGGAGGCUGCGCUACAACCUGACGGUCAAUGUAAUAGGCUUCCUCAUCCCUGUUCCCAUCACAUCAUUCUGCAGCUACCACAUCAUCAAAGUCCUUCAGGACAGCCAGGCAGUGAGAAGAAGCAGGGGAGGGGGGACAGCAGCAAGGAGGGAGAGGAAGGCAGCCUACUUGGUUCUUGUUGUUCUGGCAGUCUUUGUUCUCAGCUGGCUGCCCUACCAGAUUCUCAUCUUCCUGGAUACCCUGGAUUAUUAUCAGGUCAUUUCUGGGUGCACGUGGGUUUAUGUGCUGGACAUUGGCAAUCAGUUGGCAACUUACCUUGGCUACAGCAACAGUUCACUGAAUCCUUUCCUGUACGUGAUUGUGGGGAAACACUUUAAGCAGCGAGCCAGUGAAGUAUUUAAACCAAUGGUGUGCAGUAGAAAAUGGGGCGAGUCUAGUCAUACGUGCGGUAAUCUCAACUCAACCACUAAAUACACUGACCGUAAACUAAAUAUACUGACCGUAACCAAGGUGUGAUCUUACCCCAUCUUACUAGUUUUUUUUAACCAUAAUUAAUACAUUCUGUUCUAAAUAGACAUGUAUUUGUGUUUGAAGGGAUUGUGUUUGUGUUAUAAUUGUAGUACCCGUUUAAAAAGAAAUACAGUUUAAAAUAACAGCGCCGUAUCUGUU